UACAUCUUGAAAAUCUGGCUGUGUCAGGAAAUCAACUGUCUGGUCAGAUACCCAAUGCGAUUAGCAACUGCAUUGUUCUACAAUUGGUUGCAAUGGAUGGUAACUCAUUCCAAGGAAGCAUCCCUCCAACACUGAAUCGUAUAAAAGGCCUCACUCAGCUGAAUUUGACAAGCAACAAACUGACUGGUAGCAUCCCUGGGACCCUAGGCAGUAUUGGCAGCUUGCAGGGACUGUACCUUGCCCACAAUAAUCUGUCAGGACCGAUACCUAAGCUCCUAGGCAAUUCAACAUCGCUCCUCCUCCUUGAUCUAUCCUUCAACAAUUUACAAGGUGAAGUUCCAACUGAAGGGAUAUUCAAGAAUCUAACUGGACUAUCAAUUACUGGAAAUAAUGAGUUAUGCGGUGGCAUACCACAGCUUCAUCUGCCAAAAUGCCUGAAUCCGACUGCAAGGAAGAAUGAGAAAGCCAUGUCAGUGCCUCUUAGAAUAGCAGGGGUCACAAUAGGAGUUAUUCUGGUCUUAAUUUCAGUGCUUGCUUUAGCUGUAUUUCUUUAUAAAAGGCACAAGGCAGGAACGAUGAAAGAACAGCUGCCAACUCCCUUCACCGAGAUAGAUCUUCCAAUUGUUUCAUACAAUGAAAUACUCAAAGGAAUGGAUGGUUUCUCGGAAGCCAAUCUUCUCGGGAAAGGAAGAUAUGGUACAGUAUACAAAGGCACUAUAGAAAAUCAAGGUGUUGAUGUGGCUGACAAGGUAUUUAACCUCCAGCAAUCAGGAUCAUACAAAAGUUUUCAGAUUGAAUGCGAAGCGCUACGAAGAGUGAGGCACCGAUGUCUUGUAAAGAUCAUGACAUGCGGUUCAAGCAUCAACCACCAAGGUCAAGACUUUAGAGCACUAGUUUUCGAGUUCAUGCCCAAUGGUAGUUUAGAAAGCUGGAUCCACUCAAGUACUGGAACCCAAAAUGGAAACAGAACACUCACCUUAGCACAGAGGUUAGAUAUCGCUGCCGACAUCGUGGAUGCUUUAGAUUAUCUUCAUAAUGGCUGCCAGCCAUCAGUCAUCCACUGUGAUCUCAAGCCAGGUAACAUUCUUCUUACUCACGAUAUGAGGGCUCGAGUUGGAGAUUUUGGCAUUGCUAGGAUUCUCAAUGAAGCUGCAAUUGGAACUUCUAUGAAUUCCCAUAGCACCAUCGGAAUAAGAGGCUCUAUUGGGUACAUUGCUCCAGAAUACGGAGAAGGGCUUGGAGUAUCGACCUACGGUGAUGUGUACAGUCUUGGCAUCAUCUUGAUUGAGAUGAUCACAGGAAAGAGCCCAACAGAUGAUAUGUUCAGAGAUGGGUUAAGCCUGCAUGACUUUGCCAAGGCAGCUCUUCCCGAGAAGGUCAUGGAAAUAGCGGAUUCCAGAAUCUGGCUGCAUUAUGAGACAAACUAUGGGAAUGGUACGAGAAAUAUAACAGAAACUAAAGAAGUUUUGGCUGCCAUCAUCCAGCUAGGUGUGAUGUGCUCAAAGCAAUCACCCAGAGAGCGGCUGUCAGCAAGUAAUGCCGCUGCAGAGAUGCAUAAUAUCAGAGAUGCGUUCCUCAGCACUCAGUUAUGAGUUCAUGUCAAAUCAUAUGGACAGCUAUCAACAUGUACUCAGUUAUGAGAGUGUUGCAAAUUUAUGAAAUUCGAACUGUAUUGUCAUUUUGUGGGCCUUGCCGCCUUACCAUGCAUUUUGUGUUUAUACUUGUGGUCAAUUGUUUUCA